AUGGCGAACGACGAGAAGCCCACGAAGAUUGGCGGUGAGGUCGGCGAGGUUCGGGCCAACAUCGACGCCAACAAGCUCAACGAGUACAUUGCCCGUCAUGUGAAGGCGAUCCAGGCGCCAGUAAGCAUCAAGCAGUUCAAGUUUGGACAGUCCAAUCCCACGUACUUCCUCACAGGCGCUGAUGGAAAGCGUGCUGUCCUCCGAAAGAAGCCCCCUGGCAAACUCCUGAGCAAGUCUGCACAUCAGGUCGAGCGCGAGUACACCGUUCUGAACGCGCUGCACAAGCACAACCAGAAGCCUACCACCUCUGCCGCCCAGCGCGUUCCCAUCCCUGAGCCGUACAUCCUCUGCGAGGAUGAGUCCGUAAUUGGAACACCGUUCUACAUCAUGGAGUUCUUGGACGGGCGCAUCUUCACGGACCCACGGAUGCCGCAGGUGUCGAAGGAGGAUAGGAAGGAGAUCUGGCUCUCCGCCGUCCGUACCCUCGCCGCCCUUUCCUCCCUCGACAUCACCGCCGUCGGCCUCUCCGCCUUCGGCCCGCACACCCCCUACUACCCACGCCAAAUCAAGUCCCUCGCGAAGGUGUCCCUCGCCCAGGCCGCCGCUGUCGACGUCGACACCAAGGACCCCGUCGGCAAGAUCCCCCACUUCGACGAGAUCGUGCAGUGGUACGCGACACACCUGCCGGACGAGGGCAAGACGGGGCUGAGAAUUACGCACGGGGACUACAAGCUGGACAACUUGGUGUUCCAUCCGACGGAGAAUCGAGUAAUUGGGAUUCUGGACUGGGAGUUAUGCACGUUGGGGAGUCCGCUCCCCGACUUCGCCAACCUCACCUCCCCCUGGACCGCCGACGCGUCCAAGUAUAUGGCCCUCCCCGAAGCCCAGCAAAACCCGCUCCUCACCAGCCUCGAUGCGGACCCCGAGGGCGCGCCCAUCACCAUCGAGGAGAUCGAGCGGGAGUACUGCCGCCUCACGGGCUUCCCGUACCCAAUCCGUGAGCUCGUGUUCGCGCGGAGCUUUCAUUUGUUCAAGUACGCCGUCAUUUCGCAAGGCAUCGCCGCCCGCUUCGCGCGCCGGCAGGCCAGUUCGGAAAAGGCAGCCGCGUCGGGCGUCCUGUUCCCGGUACUGGGUAAUAUGGCGUGGGACCUGCUCAAGCAGGAGGCGAAGUUGUGA